GCGAAAAAAGUCAAGCGUGAUGAUGAAUCUAUCUCAAAUGAAGUUGUUGCACAAGCUCACAUUGAAAAUUAUGCCUUGAAACUUUUCCUAUUUGCAGAUAACGAAGAUCGUUCAGGGCGAUUCAACAAGAAUGUUGUAAAAGCUUUCUACACCUCUGGUUUUAUCUAUGAUAUUGUGAGUACUUUUGGUGAGCCAAGUGAUGAAGUUUUGCAUCAUAAGAAAUAUGCUAAGUGGAAGGCAGCUUAUAUACAUAAUUGUUUGAAGAAUGGAGUUACACCCGUGGCAGGGCCUCUGGCUAUGGAAGGAGAUGAAAGUAUAAAAAAUUUUGUUGUUGUUUAUACGCUAGUUCUCUAAA